CGGUAGAAUUGAGCGCUAGCUGCCAGCUAGUCGCCUACAGAAACAUCCAUGUAGCUCACUAGCUGUCUGCUAGCUUAUGGCUCGAGGGCUUUAGUCCGAUAUGAUUUUUCGCCUGUCGUUUACAUAUGGCUUAUCAGCGGAUGGCCAGUUAACUACGCAGCCAUAUCGAAUUGCUGGCAAACCUCAUCAGUCGAGAGCAACAUGUCUCUGAGUGUUUGCCGUUAUGUCAUCCAUGUAACCCAGCAUCUAGGCGAGGCUACUCGUAAUAACAGCCAGAAAGUAAGUCAUUUAACGCCACAUAUUUUACGUCAGAUGCUGAGCAAAUGACCGGAAGUGUCACCAUUAUUGUUUCGUAGACAACCAGUUUAUUAGCCUAAUGUCAGGCUCGUGCAGAACGCUUAACAUCGUAUUCUGCAGAUGCAGAAAUUGGCAUCAGUGAUUUUAAGGACGAUCCUCUAAGUUAAUGACCUUAAACACAGGGCCUGUGGUGGAAGGGAUCAUGGGAAUAACUGGCAAAUGAUUUCUUACCGUUACAUUAUUAUUGAAAUGCAUGAAAACUAGCCUACUGCGUCCAUUACGUGUGCACCGGUUGACGAGUGGCCCCUGUCUGUUUGUAAAAGGCCCUUAGUCUUGUUCGAACAGGUAGGCCUACCUCCGAAUUGUCAAUAGGCAAGAGAGCGUUAAAUUGACAAAUUCUUUAAUGGAGCUUGGCGCGACGUGAGAAAGUCCGAGGUCAAGUAUCCUGUCAGAGAAGCGCUGUCUAAACAAACCCAGAAAGAAAUGUUUUCUGCCAGCUCGCCCCCCGUGGACGGUCUCCCUGUCUGUCUCCCUGUCUCCCGGGCCUGUCUCCCGGGCCUGUCUCCCUCUUCGGGCUCCAGUUUGUGCGUUGCUUGGCGUGAUGGAUAAUGCUCAUACUAAGACGGUGGAGGAGGUUUUGGGCUUCUUCAGUGUAAAUGAGUCUACAGGUCUGAGCUGCGAGCAGCUGAAGAAGAACAGGGAGAGAUGGGGACCCAAUGAAUUGCCAGCUGAAGAAGGGAAGUCACUUUGGGAGCUGGUCCUGGAACAGUUUGAGGAUCUGUUGGUUCGAAUCUUGCUGCUGGCUGCAUGCAUCUCCUUUACCCUCGCUUGGUUUGAAGAAGGGGAGGGGACAAUCACAGCCUUUGUUGAACCCUUCGUCAUCCUCCUCAUCCUCAUCGCCAAUGCUAUUGUAGGAGUGUGGCAGGAGCGUAAUGCAGAGAACGCCAUUGAGGCUCUGAAGGAGUACGAGCCAGAGAUGGGCAAGGUGUACCGACAGGACAAGAAGAGUGUCCAGAGAGUCCGAGCCCGAGACAUCGUUCCUGGAGACAUUGUGGAAGUCGCUGUUGGUGAUAAGGUCCCAGCUGACAUCAGGCUGACGUCCAUUCGUUCCACCACUCUGAGGGUGGACCAGUCCAUUCUGACGGGGGAGUCUGUGUCCGUGCUCAAACACACAGACCCUGUACCAGAUCCCCGAGCUGUCAACCAGGACAAGAAGAACAUGCUCUUCUCUGGUACCAACAUUGCAGCGGGGCGAGCCAUCGGGGUUGUCGUGGCGACAGGGGUGCAGACAGAGAUUGGGAAAAUCAGAGAUGAGAUGGCCUCCACUGACCCUGAAAGGACCCCACUACAACAGAAACUAGACCAGUUUGGAGAACAGUUGUCUAAGGUCAUCAGUGUGAUCUGUGUGGCAGUGUGGGCCAUCAAUGUGGGACACUUUAAUGAUCCAGUCCAUGGAGGCAGCUGGCUGAGAGGAGCGGUUUACUACUUCAAGAUUGCUGUCGCACUGGCUGUAGCUGCCAUACCAGAAGGCCUCCCAGCAGUCAUCACUACCUGCCUGGCACUGGGUACCAGAAGGAUGGCCAGGAAGAAUGCCAUCGUCCGCAGCCUGCCAUCAGUGGAGACGCUGGGUUGUACCUCUGUUAUCUGCUCUGACAAGACAGGAACACUGACCACUAACCAGAUGUCAGUCUGCAGGAUGUUUGUUGUAGAAAGUGUGUCAGGGGAGCGCUGCAGACAGAGCGAGUUCACAGUGACUGGAUCUACUUAUGCCCCCGAAGGGGAAGUUUAUAAAGAUGGCUCAGUGGUAAAGUGCAGUCAGUAUGAAGGCCUGGUGGAGAUGGCCUCCAUCUGUGCACUGUGCAAUGACUCAUCACUGGACUACAAUGAGGCAAAGGGUGUGUAUGAGAAGGUGGGGGAGGCAACAGAGACUGCCCUCUGCUGUCUGGUGGAGAAAAUGAACGUGUUCGACACCGACCUGAGAGGACUGAGCCCUGCUGAGAGAGCUACAGCGUGCUGCUCUGUGAUUAAGCAGCUGAUGAGGAAGGAGCUGACGCUGGAGUUUUCCAGAGACAGGAAGUCCAUGUCUGUCUUCUGUUUAUCCAAUAAACUCACCAGGUCUGCCUCCGGAGCCAAGAUGUUUGUCAAGGGAGCUCCAGAGAGUGUGUUGGAGCGCUGUAAUUAUAUCCGGGUCAGCAGUUCUGCUCGCGUGCCUUUGAGCCCGGCAGUUCGAGAGCAGCUCCUGUCCACUCUGCGUGAAUGGGGAUCGGGCCGAGACAUGCUGCGUUGCCUUGCCAUGGCAACCAGGGACACACCCCCUGACAUCCACUCCCUCAACCUGGAGAACUCAGCUGCCUUUGCUGGCUAUGAGUCGGACCUGACCUUUGUGGGCUGUGUGGGCAUGUUGGACCCCCCCAGGAAAGAGGUGCUUGGCGCAGUCCGAAUGUGUCGGCAGGCUGGCAUAAGAGUCAUCAUGAUCACAGGUGACAACAAAGGGACAGCCCUGUCUAUCUGUCGGAGGGUGGGCAUUAUCACGGAGCAGGAAGAGGAGCAGGAGGGCGCAGGGGUCAUCGGGGGCCUGACGGGGCGGGAGUUUGAUGAGCUGCCCCCUCACCUGCAGCGUGAGGCCUGCAGGACGGCACGGUGCUUCGCCCGGGUGGAACCAGCACACAAGAGUCGUAUAGUGGAGUAUCUGCAGAGCCUGAGUGACAUCACUGCUAUGACAGGUGAUGGGGUGAACGACGCGCCAGCGCUGAAGAAGGCGGAGAUCGGCAUUGCUAUGGGCAGCGGCACGGCAGUGGCCAAGUCGGCCUCUGAGAUGAUCCUGGCUGAUGACAACUUCUCCACCAUCGUGGCUGCAGUGGAGGAGGGCAGAGCCAUUUACAACAACAUGAAACAGUUCAUCAGAUACCUGAUAUCAUCCAACAUAGGAGAGGUGGUCUGUAUUUUCCUGACAGCCGCACUGGGCAUGCCUGAAGCGCUGAUCCCAGUCCAGCUGCUAUGGGUCAACCUGGUCACCGACGGUUUCCCAGCAACAGCUCUGGGCUUCAACCCUCCGGACCUGGACAUCAUGUCCCGCCCUCCCCGCUCCCCCAAAGAGCCUCUGAUCUCCAGUUGGUUGUUCUGUCGCUACCUCAUCAUCGGAUGUUACGUGGGAGCAGCCACUGUCGGAGCGGCUGCCUGGUGGUUUAUGGCAGCCCACGACGGGCCGAAGCUUUCCUUCUAUCAACUGUCCCACUACCUGCAGUGCAGUGAAGGCCACGUUGAGUUUGCUGGUGUGCAGUGUUCAGUCUUUGAGUCUCCUUAUCCCAUGACAAUGGCCCUGUCUGUACUGGUUACCAUCGAGAUGUGUAACGCCUUGAACAGUCUUUCAGAGAACCAGUCCCUGCUGAAAAUGCCUCCCUGGUCAAACCCCUGGCUGGUGGGAGCCAUCUGUCUGUCCAUGGCUCUACACUUCCUCAUUCUAUAUGUAGACCCACUGCCGGUGAUAUUCCAGAUACGUCCUCUGUCGUGGCCUCAGUGGGUGGUGGUGUUGAAGAUGUCACUUCCUGUCAUCUUGAUGGACGAGGCUCUCAAGUUCCUGGCCCGCAACUACAUCGAGCCAGGAAGCCAGAUCCAGUCCCUGGAGGAAGAGGAGCUGCAGAGGACAAGGGCUAGCGCGGGAUUGGUCAGUGCUUUGAUGACGAGGCUGCAUCAGUCAGUGAAGGGCGUGUCCUGGUCUUUCGUCCUGAUCUCUGCACCACUAGUGAUCUGGAUCUUCAGCCUGGACUCUGACAUCACCAACAUCUUCUGGGAGUGAUGGGAGAAAGAGAGGAUGGGUGGACUGUGGUGGAAGCAGGGAAAGACAGGAAAGGAAAAAAAAAUCAAAAGAAGUGGUGGAAUAAAAUGCAGAGGAUUGGGGGAUGGGAUGUGUAAGGGAGAGAGAAACAAGAGGCAAGCAAAGAUGAUGACUACUUUGCUAAAAUACAAGAAUGUAAGAGAUAAAGAGCCAACAAUCAGAAAACAACAAGAAAGGAAGUGCAAGGCAGUUUUCGACCAUCUCUUCCUCCAAAGGUGCUAUGUGUAGCUUACAGUCGUUCUCAAAGUUGUGAUCACAUUUGAAUCCCAUAGCUUACGUAGAAUCUACUCAUGUGAGCUUUUUUGGACCUACGGAUGCCAGUGUUAGUCAGUUUGUUGGUCCAGAGUUAAAUAUGUCUCUGACAAGAUACCUCUAAAGCUAUACUUUAAUGCUAACAUAGCAUGCUCACCUUUGCAUUCCAAAUACUAAAGGUUACACAAUAAACAUUAGCAUGUUGGCAUGCUAUAAUCUGUUAUUGUAGCUGUCGCAAUCAGCUUUUAGACUUCUGCCAAAUUUGACCCAGAGACACAAAAUAUAAAACAUGUAGAUCAGUGGUUCCCAACGUUUCCGGCUUGUCACAGGUUGCAUUUAUUUUCCAAAGAGUGACAUUUCCCUCUCAGAUUGUUUCAUUUGACUUUUAUAGAGACCAGGAUUGGGUUGCAUCAGCUAUUUGUAAAACCUUCACCAAACCAGUUUGUGUAAAGUCCUUCCUAAGUUCUUACUAACUACUCGCUAGCUUUGACCUAGUAAUUUACUACAUCAGGUUGCGCCAGUAAAACUUGGAAAUGUCUUAGCUAGUAAAGAAUUUAGUAAUGUGUAAAUCUGUUGCUAGCUAUCAUCUGUAGCACUUUCCAGUUUUUCUUAGGUGGCCAAAGUUUGCCUGACGAGCUUUUGUAACUGUAGGGAUGACUUUGCUUUGUUCAUUUAUGAAUACACUGAGAAAACGGUGUGUUUGAGGGUUAGUAGUAUUCAUGUAGUUCAGAGUGGGAGGGAAAUAUCUGAUUAAGCAACGCUAUUUGGUGUAAGGUUAUUGGCAUUAUGUUUUGUAAUUUGAGAUACAUCGUGUUUUUUGUGAAGUGUAAUUUAAAGUCUUAUCAGUUUAUAUCACAAUUAAACAGUUUUUAUCAAGUGUAGUCAGAUAUGUCAGAUAUUUACUUUUCAGUUUAAAGGGGUCAAAUAGUAGCAAGCUAACGCUUUGUCAGUUAGAAGCAGAAGUUACUGGUUGUGAGUAUUUAGUGAUGCGCAAGUCUCCACUUGGUGAAGAGUUGCGUUAUAACAAGACUAACAGUGAGCUUUGGGGGAGCUGGUCCAACCAGACCCUGAAGAGGGGAAAGUAACCAGUACUUUAAAAUAAAAAGGAAAAGAUUGGAGAAGAGGCUGGGAGCCUCUGGUGUUGAUGUUGAAUGACUUCAGAGUCAUUCAACAGCAUGUUGAUCUAUUGAUGGUAAAAUGCUACACAUAGCACCUUUUUAGAUGAAACUUUCUGUUUGAAAAAUGAGUUGAUUAGACAGAAGAAAGAGAAAAGCAUUGGUCCAGAAUGAAACACACACACAGCGUUACAUACACACUGUAAGCCACCAGUAAUAAUAUGUGGUCAGUAACGGGUGAUGAGGCUAGAUAACUCGAUGUUCAAUAGAAUCCCCCAAAUGGCCACUGCAACAGUGUUCAUGCUGCAAUGCAAAAAUAUUCGGUCACAUUAUUGUUAGAACUUCCUUGUAGAUACUGUAAACAAGCAUUUAACCUGUGAAGGAAGACUGUUAGCAGAACAUUACAGAAUGCAUGUCAAUGCACGUCACACAUUUGUAACAUUUGUCAAAGCUGCCGAUCAGCGCAAGUCUGGGGUUGAAGUGGGACGCGUGUACAGCUGGGUGCCUGCAGGUUGUAAAAGGGGUUCAGUUCAUUACCGGCCAUCACAGACCUUCAUUCUGACAGAGCUACAGUUCAAUAUCCUUCAUCCUGCGUCUGACACUGAAAAGCUCUUCAAGUCUUAAAUGUAACUUGACUUGAGCAGUCAGUCAGCUUUUGCUGGUUCUUUAGACAUCCUGCCGCAGAAUUCAAGCCUUCACGCCAGGAGGAAUGAGUUGAGUCUGUUUGAUUAGUUAAGACAUUAUUUCUGUUCGUGGUUAAACACAGUAGCGGUUGUUGUGUCAGCAUCUAAAUGAUGUGACUGCUACAUGUAUGUAAGCUAAAUGGAUUAAUAUGUGUUCUAUUUGUUUAUUACUCUCACUACAUAAGUCCCGCUCAGUACACUACCAAGCUGUUUUUAUUUCAGUUGCUUCCUUUCAGUUCUUUUUCCCCAUACCGGUUUACCAAAGAACUGCCUCUGUGUUAGUGUACUGGGAACCAUUGCAGACGCAGGAUUUCAGUUUGACAACCAGUGCUUUUAGCAAAGCUGUAAUACACAGAUUCCUAAUGAUCUCUCAUACAGUGAGCCUGACAGUGAGUCAGUGUUUCACUUAAAUGUGUUUUUUGUGCGAAUCAGUGACCUGUCUGCCAUUUUCUCCAGUGAUGCCAUCGUGACAUCUCACUCUGUUUGCCAUUGAGGGGAUUUUUUUAUUUGUGGAAAAAGCGUUUUUGAUUCGUGUAGUAUCUUUUGUUGUACUGUAUAUCACAUUUGGCCACAAUGACAGUAUUAGGGCCACUGUUGUUGAGAUUUGGAGAAUAAAGUCAUAAUAUUUGGAGAAUUUGAGAACAAGUCAUACAAGUCCUUCAAAAUUCCGACGUUAUUCUUAUAAUAUUAUGACCUGAUCUCAUAAAAUUGCAAUUUUAUUCUUGUAAUUGUAAGACUUUCUUCUCAAAAUGUCAAUGUCAUGUUUUUUCCACUCUCAAAGUGGCCCUGAUAGUAGGUCAUAGGCUCUUCGCGAUACCAUUUAUUAAAAACAUAAACCAGUUGCUUUAAAAUGGAGAAGCGUUCAACUUUCUGAGGUCAAAAACUUGUGGAAACAGGCACUUUGUGUUUUGUUUUGUCUUUUAAUUGAAACGUUGUUUUAGUCGCUAGUACUCCUUGUUAAUUAUCCAAAACCAUAGAAGACUGUUUUUUUCAGUCUAAAACUUUUCUCAUAUAUAGCUUGAAAAUUGCAAAAAUGACAGAGAGGACGUUUGUUGCAAUAUAAUUAUUUUUAUACCAUAAAGGCAAAAGAAACACAUGUAGAUGCACUUAGUAGUGAGUUGUUGUUUUUUUAAAUUAUUAUUUAUUAAUAUUUUAUUGUUCUGCAAGGGUGUAUUAUGCCAUGACAGCCCAGCUCUGACAAAUCCCCAAUGUACCAACUUUGUUUACAGUGUUUGUUCUUUAUUAAUUAUUAUUGUUGUUAUUAUUAUUAGCUCACAGUCAUGUCUGUAGGAGAAGAAUACAUGGAAGGGAGGGUUUAUAUGGUUCCAGACCAUCACAGUAAGCAGAAGGUCCUUCUUCCUGACUGACUCAUCUGUUUAAAUAAAGGUUGAACUGAAGAAUUUCAUAAAUAGAGAAACUCUUUUCAAAUAUGUUUCUCUCUUCUUUAUUUCCACCUUCUUUCCCUCUUUUCCUCUCUGUCCCCUCACCACUAAGUAACCAACAGCAUUUACGCUGAAGCUAAACCAGGGGGCACCCUUUUGUAGAUUUUACUUUCAAUUUUUUCUUGUUCAUUUUACUGUUGAAACGCGUGUCAUUGUAAAAGAUGUUACAGGAUGAAAAGAACAAUAAACAUAAAAUGGUUCAGA